AUGUGCUCAGACCUCUUGUCCAAGGAUGACUGCCUUGACGUUGCUGAAUGCUUGUGGUACGAAUCUGAUGAAUCCGAUGAGCCCAGUGAAUGUGGCAGUGAUUUCAUCGCCGACAUUGCCGACUGCCUUGAGCCUCAAUAUGUGGCCUUCAUCCGAGUGGCGCUGUGCUCGUCGCUGCCUGGAAAGUCAAGAUGCCUUGCCUUGCCAGGAUGCCAGUGGAACGAAACAGAUGCACUGUGUCAGGAGGAUCCAGAAGCACUGGCUGCGGUGUUCGGGCUCGCGUUUUUCUCCGCCUUGACGCAGGAGAGUCAAACGUGCGAGCAAGUCUCUCCGUGCGUGCCUCCUUGCGAAGAAGGGGACUCAGGAGAUUGCGAACCCGGCCUCACCCUUGACUCUUCAAGCUGGAUUUCGCCAAAUGCUACAUCCACGUUGUGUCAGCUUAUGGAAAUGAGCUUCAAAUGUGACGCCAUGCCCGCGGAUUCCACAUGCAAGGGUGCUUGCGAGAUUGACGGAGAAGGAGAAUGUGCUCUGCCAGAGAAGGAGGCCGUCAAAUUUCUAUUUGGGUCAUCGAAGGACUUGAAGAAAAAGUGGCUGAAAGCCUCCAAGGCUUGUUCCGCUAUCGAAGGCCCAGAUGAAUGCCGCUCCUUCACAGGUGGCAAGUAA